CGGUCCAUCAAAACAAACCGCAUGCGUUUCGUACACAAAAUAAGGCAGAGCAAAAGUAUAGAAAUUUGUUUAAAUGUCCCGACGUCCCGAACAUAUCGCUCCGCCGGAGAUUUUCUACAACGAGGAUGAAGCGAAAAAGUAUACGAACAACACACGUAUCAUCGACAUCCAGGUACAGAUGUGUGAACGAGCCAUCGAACUGUUGGCUCUAGAUCCGGAUGACGAUUCACCACAGCUAAUCCUUGACAUCGGUUGUGGUUCGGGUCUGUCCGGAAGUGUACUGGAGGAUCAAGGACACUUUUGGAUCGGAGUCGACAUAUCGAACCAUAUGCUGGACGUAGCACUUGAUCGCGAAGUCGAGGGUGAUCUGCUGCUUGGAGAUAUGGGACAAGGGAUGCCUUUUAAAGCGGGUACCUUCGAUGGAGCGGUAUCGAUUUCCGCCCUGCAGUGGCUCUGUAAUGCGGACAAAAAAUCACACGUCCCACCAAAACGUUUGUAUCAGUUCUUCAGUACGUUGUUUGCCAGUUUGACUCGCAAUGCUCGAGCCGUGUUUCAGUUUUAUCCGGAAAAUGCAGAUCAAAUCGAACUGGUGACUUCGCAAGCAAUGAAAGCCGGCUUCUACGGUGGUAUUGUGGUGGAUUAUCCCAACUCUACCAAGGCGAAAAAAUACUUCCUUGUACUAAUGACUGGCGGGGUGGCUAAGCUUCCUGUGGCGCUUGGUACGGACGAUAGUGCCGGUCAGAUUGGAUACAGUCGGAAGCAGGCAGAAUAUGCAAGGAACGCACGAGGCAAACCGUUGAAAAAGUCACGCGAAUGGGUAUUGGCAAAGAAGGAGAAGCGAAGGCAGCAGGGUGUGGAAACACGUAAAGAUUCACGAUUCACCGCAAGAAAGCGAAGCGGUCGGUUUUGAAAUAUAGAUAUCAUCCAC